GAGCCGGUCCUCGGCGCCGGAGCGGCCCAUGGCGGGGGACGAGGACGACGCGGGGCGGGGGCGGCCCGGGCUCCCGGACGAGGGGGCGCGGGGGGACUGCCCGCCGGCCAACGGCCGCGCCCCGAGGAGCCCCGAGGAGGAGGAGGAGACGCGGGCGAGGCUGCUGGAGGAGGCCGGUCCUGCGGCCGGAGAGGAGGCCGGGCCCCGGACGGCGCUGUCGGGCCGGCGCUUCGCCGUGCUCCUCAUCUUCAGCCUCUACUCGCUGGUCAACGCCUUCCAGUGGAUCCAGUACAGCAUCAUCAGCAACGUCUUCGAGGACUUCUACCAAGUGCCCUCGCUCUACGUGGACGGGCUGUCCAUGGUCUACAUGCUGGCCUACGUGCCCCUCAUCCUCCCCGCCACCUGGCUGCUGGACGCCCGCGGCCUGCGCCUCACCGCCCUGCUGGGCUCCGGCCUCAACUGCCUGGGAGCCUGGCUCAAGUGCGGCAGCGUGAGGCGGGACCUCUUCUGGGUCACCAUGCUGGCCCAGUGCCUCUGCUCCGUCGCCCAGGUCUUCAUCCUCGGCCUGCCCUCCCGCAUCGCCGCCGUCUGGUUCGGGCCCGGGGAGGUUUCCACGGCCUGCGCCACGGCCGUGCUGGGCAACCAGCUUGGCACUGCAAUUGGCUUCUUGUUACCUCCAGUUUUAGUGCCCAACAACGCGGAUGCCAUUGAACAAAGGGGAGUCAAUAUCAGCAUCAUGUUCUUUGGAACAGCAGUAGUAGCCACACUUUUAUUCAUAUUAACAAUAUUUGUAUUCAAAGAAAAACCUCAAUAUCCUCCCAGUGAGGCACAAGCAGCUUUGGAGAAUACUCCCAUUGAAGAUUACUCCUAUAAGCAAUCAAUCGUAAAUUUAUUUAAAAAUAUUCCAUUUGUGCUGUUGCUGGUCACUUAUGGUAUAAUGACUGGGGCAUUUUACUCAGUCUCAACAUUAUUAAAUCAAAUGAUACUACAUUAUUUUGAGGGAGAAGAAGUGAAUGCUGGACGGAUUGGGCUGACCCUUGUUGUAGCAGGAAUGGUGGGUUCCAUUCUCUGUGGUCUGUGGCUGGAUUACACCAAAAUGUACAAGCAGACAACUCUAAUAGUUUAUAUAUUAUCCUUUAUUGGAAUGUUGAUAUUUACCUUCACCUUGGACUUGGGACACCUUGUCAUUGUGUUUAUUACCGGAGGAGUGCUUGGAUUCUUUAUGACUGGCUACCUCCCACUUGGCUUUGAAUUUGCUGUUGAAAUUACCUAUCCUGAAUCAGAGGGUACAUCAUCAGGUCUUCUUAAUGCUGCUGCACAGAUAUUUGGAAUCCUUUUUACUUUGGCUCAAGGAAAGCUCAUACAGGCGUACGGCCCCAGGGAAGGAAACCUUUUUCUCUGUGCGUGGAUGUUUCUAGGCAUCAUUUUAACAGGUUUAAUCAAAUCAGAUCUGAGAAGACACAAUAUAAAUAUAGGAAUUGCAAACUCAGAAGUUAAAGCUGUGCCAGUUGACAGCCCCACAGAAGAAGAACCAAAAGUUAUUGGGUUGGCCAAGCAGUCAGAAUCUGCAAUUUGAAGCCAGUGGAAAAAUUCUGAGAAGCAAACAUGCACAAAUUUCAUAAAACAAUAAGCAGGUUGGAAGCACAGGAAUUAUAUUUAUCUGUCUAUCUAUCUAUAUAUAUAUACAUACAUAUAUAUAUAUAUAUAUAUACAUACAUAUAUAUAUAUAUAUAUAUAUACACGAUAUAGUUUAUGAGCAAAAAAAGAUGGUUUAGGUAUUGGUGAGGCAAGAUUACUGAAAGUUACCAUAUGAACUCUAAUUGCACAACAAUUUACAUAAAAUAUACUACAUUUUCACACUAUAUUCAACUCCAUUUUUCCAUUCAUUCAGUGGUAUUUAUUGAACGCUUGCAAAGCAGUAUACUAGGUACAUAGGAGCAUACAACAAACAUAUUCCUUGCCUUCAAGGAGUUUAUAAUCUAGUGGGGGAAGAUAAAAAUUAUUUACAAAUAAAGGGAGCAAGGGAAAGAACAAGGAUAGAACAGGUAGUAAUACAAAUGCUAGAAUGAAUGAAUUGAAUCAGUAGUUGAAAAUACAUGGAUAUAGAUGUUCAUAUGAACUGAGGGUGGAAUAAAGUAUAACAGUGUAAAAGGUCCUUAUUGGGUUGUUGUUUCCAAAGUCUUGUUAUAGCUUACUCUGACUGAAAGCAAAUUGAAAAUCUGCUGGUUCUCAGUACCUUGUGAAACUGAUAUUUUGCACUGGACAAUCACUAAUUUUUAAAAAAAAGUUUGGAGAUGGUCCUGCAUUUUUAUAACAGUAAUGAUGAUAAUUAUGGCAUUUAUUAAGUAGUACAUGCUAAGUGCUGCAGUAGAUACGAGGUUAUGAGAUGGGGCACAAUCGCUGUUCCAUGUCAGGCCUCUGUCUUAAUCUAGUUUUACAGAUGAGGAAACUGAGGCCCAGAGAGUUGGUGACUUGACCAAGGACUGGAUAUAAUCAAGUGGUUGAGCUGGGGUUAGAACCUGAAUGUCCUGAUAUCCAAUCCCAGGCUCUAAUUGUCUUCAAGACCUUAUGUUAUCUUUACAUCAGGAUGGGGGAAUGGACAAACACCAGGAGGAGGAAUUACUAAUCCCUCUGUCAGGAAAGCAAAAGUAAUAGUUGAACAUGCAGGAACAAACCAAUGCUUGGUUCAGUCAGAGCUAUCAAUUCUCCUGCAUCUUUGGGUUCCCCAGCUUCCUGGGGCCAUGUUCCUUACUUCCCACUUGAGACAAAGGGGUCUUAUUACACUCAUUAUUACUAUUUAUUGAACUUGAGCACCUGUGUGCAGAGCACUGAGCUAAGUGGUGAUGACGAUGAUGGU